AAUCGAAAGCAGUUCAGACGUUCCAACCUAUCACCAAAAAGGAAAAAAAUGGAAAAAGGUGGUCUUGGACUAGAAAUUACAGAGCUCAGAUUAGGUCUCCCAGGUUCAUGUGGUCCUAGUUUAGUGGACAAAAAUGAUAAGAAGAGGGUGUUCUCAGAGAUUGCCGAAGACAAGAAUAGCACCACUGACGAGAAAAGUACUCAAACAAAGAGUCAAGUUGUGGGGUGGCCUCCGGUGUGUUCAUACCGGAAAAGGAACAGUUUUCAAGAGAAAGAUCACCUGAAAAAAGAAUCGAAAAUGUACGUGAAAGUUAGCAUGGAUGGGGCGCCUUUUCUGCGCAAGAUUGAUUUGAACAUGCACAAAGGCUACUCCGAUCUCGCUUUGGCAUUGGAAGAGCUCUUCGAUUGCUUCGGUAUCAGCGAGGCGUUGAAGGAUGCAGACAAUUCCGAACAAGUUCCCAUUUAUGAAGACAAAGAUGGAGACUGGAUGCUAGUGGGAGAUGUUCCUUGGGAGAUGUUCAUUGAAUCGUGCAAGAGGCUGAGGAUCAUGAAGAGGUCAGAGGCGGCCAAGGGUUUUGGACUGCAGCUGAAGGGUUUCCCCAAAGGCUUUAUAAAAGACGUGACUAAAUAAAUAAUGGCUCGUUGAAAGACUAGUAUACUUUUAACCAGAUCAUUUUCUUGUCUCCUACAUGCAUGUUUUUAGUUUCGUUGAUCAUGCCGGUACGUACUCGACCGCGUUGUUUCUAAUUUGGUUAAGCAGACAGUACUAGCUAGUACGUACUUGAUCUUGUUUAAAUCACGAAUGUACGUGAUACUUCCCUA